AAACAUAUGAAUUGCGAAUAACAAGAUGGCGUCGAUCACGUGGAAAUGUGUUUUAGUACUUCUAAUAGUGUGUUAUGUAAAAGCAGACGAUAUUGAUGUGGAAUUAAGCACGGGAAUGAUGAUUAAGUUAUUAAGGGCUGUGGCAAAUCAAACACAAAGUGACACACUCAAUCUGCCGGCCAAUGCAACAUCCAUCAGAGAAAAUAUAACAGAUACCUUCAGCUGCGAGAAUCGAACCUACGGCUAUUAUGCGGAUGUGGACAACGACUGUCAAGUGUUCCACGUGUGUCUACCAUCACAGGCACCAUCUGGACGGAAUGUGACCUACAGAUGGAGUUUUAUAUGUCCUAAUGAGACGAUAUUCAAUCAGGAGGUGUUAGUAUGUACAAGACCACGGGAUGCCGUUCCAUGUGAAGAUGCUCCCAUGUAUUAUGACGUGAACAUGGAAUUUGGUAAAGUAUCUAACGAUACAAAAGAAAUGGAAACAAAUAACAACGAAUCCAACAAUAACAAAGAAACUGUCAGUAAUUCUAAAAGAAAUAAGAUACAUAGAAGAAAACAGAACCUUAUUGAUAAUAGAAACAGAAAUGAAAUUAACGAAGAUGUGUUCAAAGAGUUUGUUGAUGAAGAAACAAGGAGAGAAGAAGACGAAAUUAUCGAGUUGGAAAGAGAUGCUGAAUUUAAUCCGGACGUAAUACCAAUAAUAGCAGAUGCAAAAGAAUAUUUACCUAAAUACAAUAACGAUAGAAUUGAAUUUGAUACAAAUGAUGAAAUAGACGAUAUCAACUCAAGAAUAGCAUUAGAAAGAAGCAUGAAAUGGAAUGAGAAGAAAAUUGGUAGAGGUGCAUUUAGAUUUAAAUUUAACGUAUAAGAAUUACAUGUAAUAUGUGAAUGUUAACUAGUUUCGCGUUAAAUCGAUUUAUUUUGAUUAGACGAGAACAAUCGACUGGAGAAAUUAUUAAACUGAAGCAUUUUUAAUAAUUGUAAAUACAAA